GAGCAGCAGCCCUUUGCCAGCUGCGUCAACUAUAUACAAGAUAUCAACCUCGUAACUCCUGCCGCUAAUAAGCAGUGGCAAACUUUUCUGUAUGAUGCCUUAAGUAGUUUGCCUUCAUGGCACACAGUUGGAAAACUUUAACAACCGGACCAGAAACGUGUUUUCCGGAGCCGUCAGCGACCACGAGCCCCAUGAAAGGAAGAGCUUUAUUGUCCUAGCUUAGUGGCUAAGGUUAGCUAAUUGUUGUUGAGUUGCCGACAUGGCUACCAGAGAGAUAUGCCAGCGAUCAACUUAUCGACGGCCAGCGGCCAGCAUAAAGCAAGAGCAAGAUGACGACUCGGACGUGGAGGAGACACACAUGGGGCUCCGCCGCGCGGACGGCUUGGAGUCCCAGAUCAUCCACAGCGGGCACUUUAUGGUGUCUUCGCCGCACAGCGAGCACCCACCGAAGAAGGGUUACGAUUUCGAUACUGUCAACAAACAGACCUGUCAGACUUAUCAUUUUGGAAAGGCGAGCACGUCGCACUUCUCCAUUGAUGCUUCGUUGACUAAACUUUUUGAGUGCAUGACCCUUGCUUAUAGUGGAAAGUUGGUGUCUCCUAAAUGGAAGAACUUUAAAGGUCUAAAGCUGCUCUGGAGAGACAAGAUCCGGUUGAACAACGCCAUAUGGAGAGCCUGGUAUAUGCAGUAUGUGGAGAAAAGGGGAAAUCCUGUGUGUCACUUUGUUACCCCCCUGGAUGGAAACAUGGAUUUAGACGUCCAUCGUCCUGCGGAGGCUGUUGCUUCAGAUGGAAAAAACUGGAAAAGAAGAAUUGAAAUUGUUAUCAGAGAAUAUCACAAGUGGAGAACGUACUUUAAAAAAAGGCUACAGAAACAUAAAGAUGAUGACCUUUCCAGCUUACUUAAGGGGCCAGAGGAGCAGUUAUCGCUGUUUGGAGAAGUCUUUCCAGACAUGCUCCGUACUUCCUUUUAUCAGGAUGAAGAAGUUGCUGUGCGUCGAAUGACCCGCAGGCAUGAACCGCCUGCCCCCAUGGAGAUGGACACCCUCUUUGACAUGGAUGUUCUGAUGUCUGAGUUUUCAGACACCUUGUUCUCCACGCUGGCUGCACACCAGCCGUUGGGUUUGCCCAAUCCAAGGGAAAUUGCUCAUGCAGGAAAUGCAGACAUGAUCCAGCCAGGACUCAUCCCCUUACAGCCUAACCUGGACUUCAUGGACUCCUUUGACCCGCUUCAAGGUUGCGACUUAUUUCACAGCCUCCGUCAGCCUGUCCUUCCCUUUGUUUCCCCCACUCCAUCAUCUGUCACCCCUCAAUCCAGCAGCAGCUCUCAUUCUCAGGCCCCGUUAAUGUCCUCUUUGCAGCUCUCGCCCAACCAGAUACCCCCUGCAGGCCCGCUGCCAAUCCUCAGCCAGACCAGUCAGACAGGUGGUGGAGGAGCAGCCUACAGCCAUAACUACAUGCCCCUGUUUGCAGGCCAGGUGGCGUCCAACAGUCAGUCAGCAGCUUCCUCUGUCUCUCAGCCAUUAACCCACGAUCCCUUGGUACACUGCCUACCGGGUCAGAACUUAUCCUCCGCAGCAUCCAUGAUUCCCUCACCACUAGGCAACAGCUCAGUGCUGGAUGAAGCUGUGGCCCCCUCUGUGAUAACACACACAGCCCCCUCCAGCGUCACACCCAGCAACACAGCGAGCACAGUCAGCCACAUCUCAGCUCCUCCUUCCCAACUCCAGCUCGUGGCUCCGCUGCCUGCCGCUCCAGUGCAGCAUCAGGCCUUUGCUCUGCCUCGUCCUUUCCAGUCAAAUAGCUCCAGCAAAGUCCGUCCGGUGCCGAGGAUUGCUCCUGCAAGUUCCCUGCCUUCUCCUCAGUUCAUCAUCCCAGGCACACAAAUCCUUUCAGCCCCUUUUCCAGGCCAUGCGAAUGCUGUAAUCGUUACAUCUCCACCCUCCACUGGUGUUAUCACCCCCUCCAAUCUUGUAGCGGCUCCCGGGUUUCAGGUUUUGCCUCAGAAGUCGCCUCAGCCUAUCGUUCCUGAAGACAAGACCUGUUUCAGAAAAAAUCAGAAGGAUCCCUCAAGUGUUGGUCAUAGUCAGCCAGGAUCCAGUCAAGGGUCACCUUGUGGUUUAGAUCAGGUUCCCAGUCCUCAGUCUAUAAUGGGCAGUACCAGUAAACCUCUUGUAAAGAGUGAGCACAGUCAGAGCCGCCACAUAUCUGCUGAGCAAAAGAGACGAUCAAAUAUCAACAUUGGCUUCAAAACACUUGGCAACCUCGUUCCCACUCUGAAGUCACAAUCUAAUAUUACAAACGCGGUAACACUGCAGAAGACAGUGGAGCACAUUGGAAAGCUCCAGCAGGAGAGGCAGCAGCUACAGGACGAGGUCAAAAGGCUACGAGAGGAGAUAGAUGAGCUCAAUACAUCCAUUAGCUUGUGUCAGGAGCAGCUGCCUGCGACUGGCGUGCCGAUGAGGAAAAACCAUUCCGAUCUCAUGCAAGACAAGUUUAAUGACUACGUGAAGAGCCGAACUCUCCAGAACUGGAAGUUUUGGAUCUUCAGCAUCAUCAUCAAACCCCUCUUUGAGACGUUCAAUGGGAUGGUGUCAACAAGCAGCAGAGAAGAGCUUUGCCACACCACGCUACAAUGGCUCGACAAUCACUGCUCCCUUCCUGUCCUCAGACCCAUGGUGUUGAGUACACUCCGUCAGCUUUGCACUACCACAUCCAUCCUGAGCGAUCCCUCCCUGCUUCCUACAGAAGCCAUCGAGAAAGCAACAAAAACAGACGCGUAGCCAUGCUUUCAGGACUGGAGGCGAC